GAUGAGGCUUUGGGGGAGGGGUGCGCGGGGCAGCAGGGGCUUCGGGGGUCCCGCCCAGGCCCGAAGUCCCGGGAGAGGGUGGCGGUGGCUUUUGCAGUCGGAUUAGGGACCCUAUACUCUGCACCUGGAGUUUCUGUCGGCCGGAGCGGGGAGGAGCUGCCGGGCUGCGGAGGCGGAGAUGGCGAAGGCGGAGAUGGCGGAGGACCGUGGGACGCGACUCGAGGGUGUCUGGUCCUGCUAGCCCAGCAAGCCUGAUAAGCAUGAAGCUCCUGUCUCUGGUGGUUGUCUCCCUGUGUUUGCUGGUGCCCCCAGCUCAAGCCUACAAGAGUUCCGAAGAUAUCCGGUGCAAAUGCAUCUGUCCACCUUACAGAAACAUCAGCGGGCACAUUUACAACCAGAAUGUGUCCCAGAAGGACUGCAACUGCCUGCAUGUGGUGGAGCCCAUGCCGGUGCCCGGCCACGACGUGGAGGCCUACUGCCUGCUGUGUGAGUGCAAAUACGAGGAGCGCAGCACCACCACCAUCAAGGUCAUCAUCGUCAUCUACUUGUCCGUGGUGGGGGCCCUCCUCCUCUACAUGGCCUUCCUGAUGCUGGUGGACCCUCUCAUUCGAAAGCCAGAUGCUUAUACGGAGCAACUGCAUAAUGAAGAAGAGAAUGAGGAUGCACGGUGUGUGGCAGCCGCUGCCACAUCUCUUGGGGGACCCCGAGCCAACACUGUCCUAGAGCGCAUGGAAGGUGCUCAGCAGCGGUGGAAGCUGCAGGUGCAGGAGCAGCGCAAGACAGUCUUCGACCGGCACAAGAUGCUCAGCUAGAUGGGUUGGUGUGGGCGAGUCAAGAACCCAGGCCAUGGCUGCCACCUCCAGGGCUGGACAAAGCCAGGGGCCACUUCUCUGCCCUCCAUGCCUGUCUUCCUUUGAAAAGCCCGUGUCAUUUUUCCUUUUCUCCUACUCUAUAGAAAUGUACUUGGUUAUUUUGAUGAGGGAGUAUGACGGGGUCUCUGAUCUCCCUUGUCUCCUGAGGUCUCUGGGGUAGAGGGAAGGCAGGCCAAAGAAGAAUGGAGGCAUCAGAGGCGGCCUUAGGAUUGGAUGGAAUUGGUUUCUUCUUGCUUUACCUCUGCCACCCCUUUUGGCUUCACCCCUUGGGGACUUUAUUACCCUUUAGGAGAUGGAGUAGGUCAUUAGAGGAACACACGACCCAGCAUUCAGCAUGGGCUUCUGUCUGCUGUGGUUCUAAUCCUCCUCCUGGUCCUAAGUGUGGCCAGGCCCCAGCCCUCAGGAAUGGCACUGGUGGGAGAACCGGUGCUGCUGAGCCUGUGGAAGUUCUCAGGGUACCUGGGAGCUUGGCUGCUUUCUCCCUGGGCUCCUCAUCUACCAAUGCAUGGCAGUGCCGGGCAUCCCUGUUUCCUGCACUGCGUGUCCUCACAUUCCAUCUCGGGCCAGGUCCUCUUCUCGGCUAGUGUCUGCUGUUACUGAGCCGGAAAGUCACACACAGGCUAAGCAGUGGACUGAAACACUAUAGCUCCUGUCCCUGGUUCACCACAUGUCCCUGAAUGUCAUGGUACCAGUGCAUGGAGAUAAAUGUUUGUCCUGUUGUCUGUAAAUCAAGGAAGCCAUCAUUAAAUUGUUCUAUUUCUCUCA